AUGCCAUCUCCGAUAACAGUAAAUGACGUACAAAGGCUAAAGGGGAACUUGGCAGCAUUGGGGCGAUUCAUUUCAGGAUCGUCGGACAAAUGUAAAGAUUUCUUCGGGAUACUAAGAAAAGGGGAAAAAUUUAAAUGGAGUGAAGAAUGUGAGGAGGCAUUCCAAAAGAUCAAGCUACAUCUCGCAAGCCUUCCCGUACUACAAAUGCCCGAGCACGAUGAAGUGGUUACCCUAUACCUCGGGGCAACUAGUUAUGCCAUAAGUGCAGUCCUAAUCAAAAAUGUCGGAGUAGAAGAAAAACGGCUAACUAGCGAUUCUCAGUUGGUGAUUCGACGGAUUGGUGGGCAGUACACUAUUCACGAUCCAAUACUACAAAAGCAUCGGGAUCUCGCCCAAUUUUACAUCGACCAGAUCCCCGACAUCAAGUUUCGACACAUUUGUAGAAAAGACAAUCGACAAUUGAACGCUUUAGCCUACAUCGCUUCAAUAUUAACAGACCCAAGUAUUGAAGGCAUCCGAGUCAUGAGACUGUUGAUGCCAUCCAUACCAGAAACAAUACCCGAAGCAAUAAACACAAAGGUGUACGUGGUCGUAACCACGGCUGAUAAGUACGAGGAUGGUGAUUGGCGCAAGCCCAUCCAUCAAUACCUGGAGACGGGAGAGCUACCAAAGGGACGACCUGAGAUCAACAAGAUCAAAAUCAAGGAAUCAGCCUAUGAAUUGCGAGACGCAGCAAUCGUCUCGGACAAUGGGAAACAGCUGCAAGGAAAGAACAUCGAUCUACUGUUUAAUAAUUACAACAUUCGAAAGAGUAAGGCAACACCCAUUUACCCACAGAGUAAUGGGCAGGCCGAAAUAACAAACAAUACAAUAACGUACCACCUAAAAAAGAAGUUAGAUGGAAAAUACGGCGAAUGGUAUGAAGAUCUCUACAUUUUUCUAUGGGAUUAUAGAACUACUCAAAGGGAUGCAACCGGCUUGUCACCUUUCAUGCUCAGAUACGGGACUGAAGCAAUUUUUCCAACCGAUGCAAUGAUACCCACCACAAGGACUGAGGCAUUGAGGUAG